AUGGGUUGUAGUGCUUCUGCAAAUGUCUCAAACACUUUGAUUCCUAAGUAAUUUUAAAUCGUAACUGAAUCUGGAAAGACAUUUUCUAUGAUACUUGAUAAACUUUAUAAGGUUUCUACUAUAAAACACCUGAUGGAAAUGCGUAUAGCUUCCAAGUCAGACUAAUUACGUCUUUACAUAAAAAUUGAAUAAAGCGAAUCUGUGCAAACACCUUAAUCAACCGCUGCUGCCACAACCGUAAGCUCUAGCUCUAAAAUUUUUAAAGAAUUUGAAGGUAAGAGCUCUAUAAUUUAGGAGGGUAACACUUCCUACAAAUUAAUUGAGUUAGAAGACGACAAAUAUAUCAUGCAAUAUGCUAAGCUCUUAGCAAAUAACCCUCGAAUUUACUUAGCUUAGGUAAAAUCUUAAAAUACUACAAACGAAUCUGUUUCUACUUCAGUAAAUUCGAAUAGACUGAGAAACCAAACUAUUCACAUCGGAUGCUGCUUUAACAAUAAACCCGAAUUAUAGGAUGAUGAUGCAAUAAUAAUCGCCAUCCAAAAACUUGAAAAAGGUGAAGUAUUGCCUCAAUCUCAAAUUGAUAUUCUACAAAAAGGUAGAAGCACCUUGUACAAAUAAAGUUCUUAACCUUAAUAAACUGCUUCUCCUUAAAUAUAAUAAUAAACUGAAGAAUCCAAUCAAAAUUAAAAUGUCUAAAAGUCCCCAUCUUCAAUGCCUCAAAUAACUAUCGAAGCUAGCUCUUGA